AUGAGAAAAUUGAGAAUAAAUGUCAUCGCAACAAUUUGUGAGAAAUCUUGCUUGCAUGGGCAAUGUGUCGCACCAAACACCUGUUUGUGUUCGGCUGGUUGGAAGGGCAACAUCUGUGACACAAGUUGUAAGGAUACUUGGGGCGUUAACUGCACCAACAAAUGUUUAUGUAAAAAUGGAGCCAAAUGCGAUCCUGCUAAUGGAAGGUGUAACUGUGCUAGAGGAUGGCAAGGAACAAAUUGCGAAAUACCGUGCAAAACAGGAUACUACGGAUAUCUUUGUCAAGAAAAAUGUCACUGUGAGAAUAGAGCUAAGUGCGAUCAUAUCACUGGAUCGUGUAUUUGUGAAUCAGGAUAUACUGGAAACAAAUGCGAAAGUAUUUGCAAAAACUGGAAAUUCGGUAAAAAUUGUCAAACACAAUGCAGCUGCAGACGACAUACGACACUCCAUUGUGACCAUGUCGAUGGUAGGUGCGAUUGCUCGCCCGGAUACAUCGGCAGCGAUUGUCAGAAUCAAUGCAAAGAUUGGAAGUACGGGAAAAAUUGUGCACAAGCAUGUAACUGUAGAAGAAACAGCACAGUUCAGUGUGAUCAUAUAACAGGUGUUUGCAACUGUGAGCCUGGAUAUAUUGGGAAAAGCUGUGAAAAUACUUGCGAGGAUUGGAAGUAUGGAAAAAAUUGUGCACGAGCAUGUAACUGUAGAAGAAACAGCACAGUUCAGUGUGAUCAUAUAACAGGUGUUUGCAACUGUGAGCCUGGAUAUAUUGGGAAAAGCUGUGAAAAUACUUGCGAGGAUUGGAAGUAUGGAAAAAAUUGUGCACGAGCAUGUAACUGUAGAAGAAACAGCACAGUUCAGUGUGAUCAUAUAACAGGUGUNAAGAAAAGAUUUUUAUAUUUCAAAAUUUCUUAG